CCGGCUUGGUACGUUCCCCUGUCACUGUCAUCUGCAGGACGGCACCACGGCUCAGGUCCUCCAUAGUUAACCAUCUGUUUAUCAACCAACUCUGAGGUCAUGUGGGUCGCGAUGCUGGUUCUGGCCCUGUCUACGGUCUUGUUUUCCGCGCUGGACGUCUGGUAUUUUAUCCGAAUGUUCCUGGCCGUGCUGAGGGCCCGCCUGCAGCCGGCGGUGAAGGACCUCCUGAAGGACCACUCGUUCUCGGGUCUGGUCCUUCCUCAUGACUUGGACUGCCUCCUGCACAUGAACAACUCCCGCUACCUCCGGGAGGCCGACUUUGCGCGGCUCUCCUACUUUACACGCAGUGGCCUUUAUGGGGCCGCUAACUCCGUGGGCUCAGGGAUCGUGAUGGCGGCCUGCACGGUACGUUACCGACGCUCGCUCCGUCUGCUGGAGGCCUUCGAGAUACGCACGCGUCUGCUCUGCUGGGAUGAAAAGGCCUUCUACGUGGAGCAGCGAUUCGUGGCCCCCAGGGAUGGAUUUGUCUGCACUAUUGUGCUGAGCCGGCAACACGUCAUAGGAAGCUCCCCCGAUAAAGUGGUACAGACCAUGUGUAAGAGAAAGGUGGAGUCUCCUGAGUUCCCGGACGAGGUCAUCCACUGGAUCGAGUACAAUGAUAACAGCAGCCAGAAGCUGCGAGCCGAGAGCGGGGCCCCCAACAACUCCAAAGACCAGUAAAGCCGCCGCCGCCCCCCCUAACACCGCACAUGGUGAACCUGCAUAGACCAGUGCAGCUAUUAGGAUUGUCACCCAGGUUUAGAGCGCUAGCCUUUUGAUCCAGAAAUGUAUGAUAACUGCUGUCCCAUUCCUGCCCGCGGCCCUCAUGUAGAACAACGUCCACUUUAUGGGGGGUUCUGAGCAAUACUGGGGGGAUGAGAGGAGUGAGGCACGUCUUCAGCUGCUAUAUGAAGGAAUCAGUAUCCGAUAUCGUGCACUUUAUUUAUUCCCAUAGUUUCUGUAUUUGUUCAGGAUGCAGAAGUGUAUAAUCGCCCUGUGGUGUGAAACGCAUGUAACGUAGCGCAUUGUACUCUUACCCAUCCAAGGUCAGGUCAGUAAUGGGGAGGGGGGGGGGGGUCUUCCUGUGCAGGGUAAGACAGACUUGAAUAGGGAAUGGACCAGCACUAUUACUCCCAUCAUCUAGUUUCUAUAAAGGCAGGUACUAGGAGAUAAUAUGGAUGAUGUCAUAGGACGACCCCCACAUACACCCUGUGAUGUCAUCAGUGCAUCCUCAGGGAAGCUGCUGAACAAGAAGGGGGUGUCCUAACUGUGAAAUAGCCUUCUCCUAGCACACGAGAAGGGACUGCCUGCCCCCGAGCUGCAGAGUCACAUGUGACACUGAUCUUUAUUUAUAUUCGGCUUUCUACUCCAGCCACAUCCAGAGCUGCAUUUACAGUUUUGUGGUUCUCCUGGCUCCCUACUGCUACUUCCUAUGGCUGGCUUAGUUUCCGUAAAGAGCAGUGGCAGCUAUCGGGGUUCCAGACCCCUGCUGGUUCAGUGUCUGGGUACUGGAGCUGCUGUGUUUGUACCAGUGUCGUGGGAAAACAAAAUAUCAAAAAUUGUAUUUUCAACAUGUCGGGGAUGACAGCCAACAGAAUUCUGAAUGCAGCUCUGGAUGUGAUUGGUGUUUGUGACAUGAUAGAACAGCAGAGUUUUGACUCCCAGUUAGGCCUUUUGCACACGAACAUUGUUUACUGGCAUACGGCGGGUCCGCAAUACACGGGCACCGGCAUCACAUUCACUUGAAUGGGUCGGCAAUCACGGAGAUGCGGCAC